GCCACCAGGUCCAUGAUGUCCCCACAUCCCAUUGGAUUCUGACACUGGGGGGACAUUGCGGUGUCCCCAAACCCCAAUGGGGUCACCCAUGUCCCAUGGGCUGCUCCCAGCCUGGCCCAGUAGGGACAAAGCAUCCUGUAAAGGGAAGGGGGGGGCUCUGCUCACCCCAUGGGGUCCCCCCCCCGCGGCUGCUUUGAUCUGAUCCGGUUUUCCCUGUGUGUUAGUUCCAGAGCCGGGAACAAUGGGUUGGGGCUGGCUCCCGGCCUGGGGAACACCCCCAUGGGGGGGAUGGUGUCCCCUGUCCCCAUCCCGCUCUGGGGACUGACCCCCCCCCAGGGCUGGAUUGGGUCAAAGGAUUGGGAUUUAAGGGCAGAUUCAGUGGGUUUAUAAUGGGGGAAGUUUGGGAAGAGGGGAACAAACUCCUUCCCAUGGGAAUCCCUGUGGAGCUGCUGCACCCAUGGGUGUCCCUGUGCUGUGGCACCAACCCCUGUGUCCCUGAGGCCCCUGAGGUGCAGCCACCACCGCACCAGAGCCACCGGCAUCGGCCUUCACCGGGAUUACCGGCUCCGGUUGGAUGCGGCUCCUUGGCCUGGAGCCAGUCCCAGCCCAGGUCACAGUGUCCUGGCGCUGAUGCUGCCGGCGGCACCACCAAAGGGGCCUUGCGAUGACGGGUGUUCCCAAUGGAGGGUGUUCCGGUGAAGGGUGUUCCCAAUGGAGGGUGUUCUGCUGAAGGCUGUUCCCAAUGGAGGGUGUUCUGGUGAAGGCUGUUCCCAAUGGAGGGUGUUCUGGUGAAGGCUGUUCCCAAUGGAGGGUGUUCUGGUGAAGGCUGUUCCCACCAAAGAACCCAUCCAAGGGAGGGUGCUCUGGUUUCCUGAUGGAUGGUGUCCUGAUGGAGGGUGCGCCCAUCAAAGGUCCUCCCAAUGGAGGCUGCUCCCAAUGGAGGCUGUUCCCAAUGGAGGCUGCUCCCAAUGGAGGCUGCUCCCACCAAGGGCUCUCCCUGGGCACAAGGGGUGUGUGUUACCCCCCCUGCCCCCCCCUCUGUGGGGCUGUAGCUCCCCAUGUGUCUCUCUGCAGUCCGAGUACCACUAUGAGUACACAGCAUGUGACAGCUCAGGCUCGCGGUGGAGGGUGGCAGUGCCACACACACCAGGGCUGUGCACCGGCCUGCCCGACCCCGUCAGGGGCACCGAGUGCUCGUUCUCCUGCAGGGCAGGUGAGUUCCUGGACAUGAAGGCUCAGCGGUGCCGGCCCUGUGCCGAGGGCACCUACUCCCUGGGCACCGGCGUCCGCUUCGACGAGUGGGACGAGCUGCCCCACGGCUUCGCCAGCGCCGCCACCAGCCUGGACAGCGGUGAUGGCUUUGGGGAUGCGGUGGAGAACUGCACCGGGUCCACGUGGGUGCCGCUGGGGGACUAUGUGGCCUCCAACACAGACGAGUGCACAGCCACACUCAUGUACGCUGUCAACCUCAAGCAGUCGGGGACUGUGUCCUUUGAGUACAUCUACCCCGACAGCAGCAUCGUCUUCGAGUUCUUUGUGCAGAACGACCAGUGCCAGGCCACAGUGGAGGAGUCGCGCUGGAUGCGGACAACGGAAAAGGGUUGGGAAUUCCAUAGUGUGGAGCUGAGCCGUGGGAACAACGUCCUCUUCUGGCGCACCACAGCCUUUGCCGUGUGGUCCAAGGUGCCCAAACCGGUGCUGGUGAGGAACAUCGGCAUCACCGGAGUGGCCUUCACCUCCGAGUGCUUCCCCUGCAAACCCGGCACGUUCGCGGCCGCCGCCGGCUCCUCCUCAUGCCAACCCUGCCCGGCCAACACUGCCUCGGGCAAGGGGGCGACCUCCUGCCAGCCCUGCGAGCCCCACAGCUAUGCGGAGCCUGGAGCAGCCUCCUGCAAACCGCGGCCGCCCUGCACUGACAAGGACUAUUUGUACACACACAGUGCGUGCGAUGAGCACGGGGAGACGCAGUUGAUGUUCAAAUGGGCCGAGCCCAAGGUGUGCAGUGAGGAGCUCCCGCAGGCAGCCAAGCUGCCCCCGUCGGGGGGUCGGACCCGCUGCCCCCCCUGCAACCCCGGGUUCGCUGCGGCCAACGGCUCCUGCCAGCCCUGUCCUAUGGGAUCCUAUUCCAACGGCUCCGGCUGCCUGAGCUGCCCCAUGGGCACGGAGCCGGUGCUGGGGCUGGAGUACAAGUGGUGGAAUGUGCUGCCCCCCAACAUGGAGACCACGGUGCUGAGCGGCAUCAACUUCGAGUACAAGGGGAUAGCCGGCUGGGAGGUGGCCGGAGAUUACAUCUACACAGCAGCAGGAGCCUCUGACAACGACUUCAUGAUCCUCACGUUGCUGGUACCUGGCUUCAGCCCCCCGAGCCCGGUGCUGGAGGACACGGAGAGCAAGGAGGUGGCCAGGAUCACCUUUGUGUUUGAGAUGAUCUGCACCGUCAACUGCGAGCUCUACUUCAUGGUGGGCAUCAACUCCCACACCAACACCCCUGUGGAGACGUGGACGGGCCCGCGGGGGAAGCAGUCCUACACCUACGUGGUGGAGAAGAACGCGACCAUGAGCUUCACGUGGGCUUUCCAGCGCACCCCAUACCACGAGGAGGGCCGGCGCUACACCAGCGACGUGGCCAAGCUCUACUCCAUCAACGUCACCAACGUCCUCGGGGGGGUGGCCUCCUUCUGCCGGCGCUGUGUCCCCGAGACCUCGGGGUCCUGUGCCCCAUGUCCGCCCGGGAAUGUCCUGGACCAUGGAUCCGGCACCUGCCGGCCCUGCCCGUCCGGCACCUACCUGCAGGGUCACCCCUCGGAUGGGCUCCCUGCCUGCCACCCCUGCGGGCCUGGCACAUACAGCAACCAGCUGCGCUCGCUGUGCUACAACAACUGCUCGGUGGUGCUGCCGCUGCGGGGCCGGAUCCUGCACUAUGAGUUCCCGGCGCUGGCGGCGGCCGCGGCGCUUGACACCGGACCGGCCUUCACCCCCCGCGGCCGCCGGUACCGGCACCACUUCCGGGUCAGCCUCUGCGGGCAACAGGGCCGGAGGGCGGCCGCCUGUGCUGACAACGUGACGGACACGCGGCUGCGCGUGGUCAGGGGUUACGUGUGCCAGGCCACGCUCCUGCCCCCCGAGCGCCCACAGGGACCCAUCUCCUCACAGCCCAUCAGCCUCGGGGACCGGAUCCUGGGUGUCACCACCAGCUCCACCCUGGAUGGCAUCACAUCCCCUGCGGAGCUGUUCCCACCAGGACACCCCGACCUGCCCGAUAUCAUCUUCUUCUACCGGUCCAAUGAUGUGACCCAGCCAUGCGGCUCCGGCCGCGCCACCGCCGUCCGCCUGCGCUGUGACCCCUUGCGCCCCACACCCGGCACCCUGAGCGUGCCCAGUAAGUGCCCCGAGGGCACCUGUGAUGGCUGCACCUUCCACUUCCUGUGGGUGACAGCAGAAGGGUGUCCCCGCUGCUCCAACAGCCACUACCGCCCCAUUGUCAGCGCCUGCAUCGGAGGCAUCCAGAGAACCACGUACGUGUGGCGAGAGCCGCGGCUGUGCCGGGGCGGCCGGAGCCUGCCCCCGCAGCUGGUGCGGCCAUGCCGGAGCAUGGAUUUCUGGCUCAAGGUGGGGAUCUCGGCAGGCACCGGAGCCGCCGCGCUCUUGGCCGCCCUGGCCACCUACUUCUGGAAGAAGAACCAAAAGUUGGAAUACAAGUACUCCAAGCUGGUGAUGAGCGCGGCGGCCAAGGAGAGCGAGCUGCCGGCGCCGGACACGUGUGCCAUCAUGGAGGGGGAGGAUGCUGAGGACGAGCUGGUUUUCGCCACCAAAAAGUCUCUUUUUGGUAAAAUCAAGUCCCUCACAUCGAAGAGGCUGCCGGAUGGCUUCGAUUCGGUGCCGCUGAAGACGUCGUCCGGUGGCAGCGCCAUGGAGCUGUGAUGGGUCCGGGGUCCCCAUCCCUGUAUCCGUCCCCCCCCGCGGUGAGCGCGCAAGUUCCGCGCAGGGGCCGCGCAGGCGCAGCGCGGUGCGCGCAGCCGGAGCCGUCAUCGCCACCAUGGUGCUGGACCUGGACCUGUUCCGCGCAGACAAGGGGGGGG